AUCAGUUGAGCCAAGCCAGUUACCUUGAAGUACUGGUUGUAUAAAUGACGAGGAGAACAGAGGUCACAGCACACUGAAGGCAUUUGAAACUGGAUUCCUCUCUAAGAGAGAAACCUGUAUGAACAACACUGAUCCCUAUUAAUCAGUGAGUGAGAGCCAGCCGUACCUCCCUCCUGCCCCGGAGCUCUCCAACACCUGACAUAAGGCUCAGUGCAUCAAAUCAGGAGGCAGACCAGCACUACUUGACAGCAUGCAUCUGUGGAGCAGAAGGAUGCACAGAAUACUAAUUCUUUUUGCGUUCCAUGUGUUUCAGCUAGCUUGUGGAACAACUGUAACUCCUUUAUGUAAACCUGGAGAAUCUGCAGACAGCUGUACAACAGCUAUGGUGAAAACCGAUGAAAGCUCAAGAGCAGCACCAGUAAAAAUAGCACGAUGCAAAGCAGAGAUGGAGAACUUCUGCUGGAAUGGACAGUGCAUGUACCUUGUGGAAUUGGAUGAACACUACUGCCGGUGUGAUACUGGUUUUACUGGCAUUCGCUGUGUACACUCAGAACUUGUUACUCAACCCACAAGCCCCGAGUACUUGGCUCUCACAAUAUUUUUAACACUUCUGUCACUUCUUGCUAUUGCUGUGGCAUCGUUUUUUGCGUAUCAAUGGCACAAGAAUAAGAAACUUAGAGAGUCCAGUAAGAAAUACCAAGAAGUCCUCACACAGAAUCUAUAAACAUUAUUCUUUUUGUAUUUUAGUAUUUAUGCUUUAAAAUGUGUAUAUAUAUAUAUAUAUAUAUAUCUGUAUUCAGAAUUUUGAAAGAAAUUAAAUGGAGGUCAAAACGUAACAAUUUUUUUUUUUUUUUUUAAUUUUGUAUUGAGUAAUAUUUGACAUUACAUGUCUGACAUGUAAAGGAAUUGUAUGUAAAUAUUUUACAAAAAACACUUUCUAUGUAACUAUUUAUGCACUGUUUGUGUGUAGCUUAUAAAUAUUUAAUUUUUUUUUUAUGUUUCCUUUGUUUAACGUUGACAAAAGUCAGAUAUAGGCCACUUUUUUUUUUUUUUUUUUUAAUCAAAAUGUAUUCUAUAAAAGCUCUGAAGAAUAUGCAAUUUCUCUUUUUUUUUAGCUAUACUUCUUUUUAGUAAUUUUAAUCUUCUAUAAGAAGAACAUUUUAUUUUACUACAAAUUUUUGCCUAAUAUAAAAUGUUUGACUUGGUUACCCUUUUUUUUAUUUUUUUUAUUUGCAAAGCCAAAAUUGUUAUUGUUUAAAAAAAUAAAUAAACAACGCCUUUACUACCCAUUCCACAGAUUUGUACAACCAACAUUGUUAUAUUAAUAUACUUUAUAACCUUUAAAUGCCUGCCUGUUUCUAAGCCACUACAGACAGUCUCUUAUCACAUGUUUUUUUCUAUUAGCUUUUCACAACAGAAGAGUGCUGGUUCAUGUGGGCCAAAUAGAUAACCUUGUGCUCAUGCCCAUGAAGUUGUGCACUACUAAGUCAAUAGAUAAUAAAGUCAUAUGAUCAGGGGGCUGUCAGAAGAGGCUUAGAUAAAAGGUAAUCACAAAGGUAGAAAGUAUAUUAAUGUUGGCUGUGGAAUCAUUAAUAAAGGUAUUCUCUAUCUUUUUAAACAAUAAACAUGUUCUAGUUGACUCUCCCUAUAAAUAUGGUAUUCUCUAUUAUUUUGAUAGGCAAAAUCGAGACUAAGUUCCCAUGGAAACAAGGCCCUCAAUUCCUCCUGUAUUUGUUUGAGGAAUUCCUACAAAUAUUGUAUCAUCAUUUUUACUCCUCAUUUAUACCCAUGAACAGCGCUAUGGAAUAUAAGUACAAUCUUAUACAUUUUAGUUUUUAACCUACAUGAUGAUUAAAUAGAAAUCUAAACUUCAUGAGAAGAGUAAUCAUAUUUCUUCUUUACUAAAAUUCCCCCCCCUCCCGUGAAUAUUCUAAUAAAACAGAUCUCUCCCAGAAUCCUAUAUUUAUUCCCCCUCCCACCGUUUUAGUAUGCAGAUAAUGUGCCAUAAAACUUGAGCUUAAAGGAACAGCCAAAAUCAUAAUCUACUUGGAUGCAUUUUUUUAACAUACAUGUAUUAUCAAAAAUGUUUCUAAUAAAAGCUAUAGCUGUUACAAAAUUGUAUGCACCAGCAUUUUAAACUCAACACUUGCUUAAAGAGCCGAAGGUGCUUGUAUCAUCUGGUAAUGACUCAAUUUGUUAAUUGCUAACGUUAUACAAGUCCCACUAAUGCUCUGAGCAGCUGCAGUAUUUAAAAUGCUGGAGACCUGAGAAUAUCUAGUUAUGCUUCACAUGUACAUGCAGAGAACAAUGCUAACACUUAAAACGGUGAUAAUAUAUUGUAAUUCUUUUUCUAUUGAAAGAUGCAAUUCAUCUAUGUGCAUUUAAAUAACUGAAAUGUCCCUUUAAGCUAUUAUUAAAAUAAACUGGUUUUCUACAGGGGAUUCAAUUAAAAGUUUAAGCAAACCAAAAAGUAUCAAGGUUUUUAAAGAAUGUAUUAAUUACUUUUCAUUGAACUGUUAAAUCAGGGGGUCCAGUCUUUUCAAAUCAAAGCAAAAAUAAUCUCUCCAUGUACUUCAGAUGAUCACGUUAUCCCUUGUUUGUGGCUUUAAGUUAUGGCACUGCUUGUCAUAAUGACAUAUACAUAUUAAUCUGAUGCAAAUGAUGUGCUGUAAAUUAGCUUCAUGGUUAAAGGGACACUGAACCCACUUUUUUUCUUUCGUGAUUCAGAUAGAGGGAAGUAAAUUUUAAGCAAGUUUCUGAUUUACUCCUAUUAUCAAAUUUUCUUUGGUCUCUUGCUAUCUUUAUUUGAAAAAGAAGGCAUCUAAACUUUUUUUUUUGACUCAGAACUAUGGACAGCACUUUUUUUUUUAUUGGUGGAUGAAUGUAUCCAAUCAGAAAGGACAACCCAGGUUGUUCACCAAAAAUGGGCCGGCAUCUAAACUUACAUUCUUGCAUUUCAAAUAAAGAUACCAAGAGAAUGAAGAAAAUUUGAUAAUAGGAGUAAAUUAGAAAGUUGCUUAAAAUGCCAUGCUCUAUCUGAAUCAAGAAAUAAAGAAAAAUUGGGUUCAGUGUCCCUUUAAGACACAAGCAUAAAAGGUAAAUGUCCUCUAAGUCUUAACAUAAUAGUGUUAAAUAACUGUUAAUAUUGUAAUGGCAACAUAUUUCUUUUUACCAUGAGCCAAAACCUAUUUCUGUCUUAGCUGUUUGAAAUGCCUUAUACCAGUGAUGGCGAACCUUGGCACUCCAGAUGUUUCAGAACUACAUUUCCCAUGAUGCUUAAGCACUCUGUAGUCCAGUUGAUCAUUAUGGGAAAUGUAGUUCUGAAACAUCUGGAGUGCCAAGGUUCGCCAUCACUGCCCUAUACAGUAUUAUUUUCGUAUAUAUGCUGUAUCUAUUUUAUAAAAAUUUAUUAUUUAAUGACAAACUGCCAUUUUGACUGGUGAUUCUCAAAAAUCCUCUCACACUUAGUAGCUUAAUCUGGGAAAGUGUAGUCAUUUUGUAUGACUAACUUUUUUAAUUUUAUUGCAAUACUAAACUUAAAUAUUUUUGUAAAUAUGUCUGUUCAGAGAUCUAGUUUUUCUUAUGUUAUUAAAAAUAUAAAUAAAUAUUUUUUUCUCAAA